AUAAACUUCCGGCAAAUUACAAUUACCUUGUUAUUGAAAUUCAACGACUUCCAGACUAUAUCACAGCUGAAGGAUUUUCGGUUAAUCAAUUUGAAGCAAAUCUUUUAGUAAAUGUUAACAGUGUUGAAG